UAUGUGGAAUGCUUAAUGGGUGCAGUUAAUUGUCCUACCUGGAGGCUAGCAGGCAACCCCGUUCUCUGUAGAGUAGAACUCCUGAAGUCUUCCAGCUGUCUGCACUCUCAGCACCAACUGAACUACCCGCCAAAUUAUCUACAGAGCCCAAAGAUGUUCACCUUGAAGAAAACCAUGUUACUCCUUUUCUUUGUUGGGCUCAUCUCCUAUUCUCUCUGUGACCAAGAGAGAGAAGCCGAUGAAGAGGAAAAUGGAGGGGAAGUUGCAAAGAAAGAAGUAAAAAGAAGUUUUGCAGCAGCCAUGGCCGCUGUGAGGAACAAAAUGAAUGAGUGCAAAGCCAAUAAUUUUAAAGGAGCGGAAUGUGAAACUAUGAAAAAAUAUAUGAAACAGUAAUAAGAAUUAUUCUGAUGUGGAAUAUCAUUUGGCUGAAUCCUAAACGUCUGAUAAAAAAAUAAAAAUAUCACUUAAACUGA